GGCCAGUGGCUGCAUGACCUGCCUUCAGCUGUCCGAGAGUCUGCCUCGCAGAUCACCUUUUCGACUGCCUCAGCCCUGCUAUGCGCACAAAACUUUCCUUGAGCCGACAUACGAUUGCCCUAUGUCUUUAUAGUACCUGGUGUCCUCUCUGAUAUGUCGCUCUCGUUCGCUCUUGCUACUAAGCGGCUAUGGAUUCACAAAUACGUACUCAGCCUGUCAGCUUCAAUAACGAUGGUUGGCGGUUCGCCAUUCAAGCGGGAGUGUACCAGAAUCAUGGUCAGAUUGUUGUGGAUCAAACCUCGGGCGCCGAGCUCGAGCUAUUACCGCACGCUGUCGAGGCGCCAUUAAAUGCGUAUGUCAGGCAACCCGAGCCUUUCUGCCUUCCCGGCACACGAAUCUCCCUCUUGGAAGAGAUAUACAGUUGGGCCAAUGCACAAGAUGAGCACUGUUUGUACUGGUUGAACGGCCUAGCUGGCACCGGGAAGUCGACGAUCGCGUGAACUGUGGCUCGUAGGCUUAGCGAUCGUAGUAGCCUAGCGGCCAGUUUCUUCUUCUCCAAAGGCGGCGGCGACGUUAGUCAUGCAACCAGCAUCGCUUUCCAGCUUGUGAGUCAUGUUUCAGGAAUGCGCCAGCAUAUAUGUGAAGUGGUAACCAAGUUCCCUAACGUCUGACCUC